CUCCCUCUCAUUUUCUUUUCUCUCCAGGAAACACGCUUUAAACUGCCACAGGAUGAAGCCAGCCCUUUUUAAUGUCUUGUGUGAAAUCAAAGAAAAGACAGUGCUGAGCAUCCGGGGAGCACAGGAAGAGGAGCCCACAGACCCCCAACUGAUGCGGUUAGACAACAUGCUCCUGGCCGAGGGGGUAGCAGGCCCCGAAAAAGGAGGUGGCUCAGCCGCUGCUGCUGCUGCUGCUGCUGCAUCAGGAGGAGCCGGCUCAGACAACUCGGUGGAGCACUCUGACUACAGAGCCAAACUCUCCCAGAUCCGGCAGAUCUACCACACGGAGCUGGAGAAGUACGAGCAGGCAUGCAAUGAAUUCACCACCCACGUGAUGAACCUGCUGCGUGAGCAGAGCCGGACCCGACCUAUCUCACCAAAGGAGAUAGAGCGGAUGGUGAGCAUCAUCCACCGCAAGUUCAGCUCCAUCCAGAUGCAAUUGAAGCAAAGCACGUGUGAAGCCGUCAUGAUCUUGCGCUCCCGAUUUCUGGAUGCACGGCGGAAGAGACGAAACUUCAACAAGCAGGCUACAGAAAUCCUGAAUGAGUAUUUCUAUUCCCAUCUCAGCAACCCUUACCCCAGUGAGGAAGCCAAAGAAGAGCUAGCCAAGAAAUGUGGCAUCACAGUCUCACAGGUAUCAAACUGGUUUGGAAAUAAGAGAAUCCGGUACAAGAAGAACAUAGGUAAAUUUCAAGAGGAAGCCAAUAUUUAUGCUGCCAAAACGGCUGUCACGGCUACCAAUGUGUCAGCCCAUGGAAGCCAGGCUAACUCACCCUCAACUCCCAAUUCAGCUGGUUCUUCCAGUUCUUUUAACAUGUCAAACUCUGGAGAUUUGUUCAUGAGCGUGCAGUCUCUCAAUGGGGAUUCUUACCAAGGGGCCCAGGUUGGAGCCAACGUGCAGUCACAGGUGGAUACCCUUCGCCAUGUUAUCAGCCAGACAGGAGGAUACAGUGACGGACUCGCAGCAAGUCAGAUGUAUAGUCCGCAGGGCAUCAGUGCUAAUGGAGGUUGGCAAGAUGCUACUACCCCGUCAUCGGUGACCUCCCCCACAGAAGGCCCUGGCAGCGUUCACUCUGAUACCUCCAACUGAUCUCCCAGCAAAUUGCAUCCCUGGCUGAGCCGGCCCCGGCGGGGGCGGGAGGGGAGGGGGCCUCUCCUAACACCGCAGCAGUCAGACUGGAGGUGAACCCAAUCAGCACACACAAGAAGACUCCUCUUCUCUUCUCUUCUCUUCGUCGGGAUGCUUUUUUCAGCCAAUCUGGACACUUCUUUAUACUCUCUUCCCUUUCUUUUCUGGGUAGAAGCCGCUCUCUCCCUCCUGCCACCACCACAACACCACUCCCUUCCCCGCACCCCUUUCCACCGAAGGAUGUGUCAACAGGUAGAAGGAUUUUAAGGAGGAAAAUCAAAAAUCAACCACCACCACAUAAAACAACCCCAAAGCAGUGUAUGGCCUCACACUGGGCAUCUUUCUGAGGAGCCACAAACGUACCUCAGUCACAUCUUGCACCUUUACUAGCAGGCAGCCCCCCGUGCCCACCCCCAUCUCUGACGCUACCUCUCUGUAGGGAACCGCCAACACAGCCCCGCUGCCGCCUCAUCUCCAUCAGCCCCAGCCGCAGCCAGCAUCACCGCCCCGCGCCUAACCCUGCCUCGGUGAGCUGCCCUUGGGCACUGCUGGUGACGGGGCGGGAGGACACAGCCCCCCAUGCACAUAGGAGAAGGAGCCAAUGUGCUUCCAAAAGGUACCGACCCAUUCCCAGCUCUGGGGAAACCGCUGGCACUUUCUGGUCCCUGUUCUGCCCCACCACACAUCCUGAAGUUGGAUGAGCCAUGAAACCCCACCAUCCUCCCUGCCCACUGUUGGAAUGAAGGAGAGGAGGGAAGAAAACGAGGCAGAGAUGGACAAGAAAUGCCCAUCGCUGAUAACAAAGGCGCUGAGCACCUCUGGGGUGUUGUACGGGAUCAGGCAUUGACAAUUGAUGGCACCCCCACUUUCUCGCAGCACCUAGGGAGGCCAGCAGUGGAGCUUUUCUGAUGAGGAAAGCAUUGCAGGGUGUUGGCUUGUGGUUUUGGGGAGUGUGCUGUGCUGUGGAAGAGGAGGAGAUGGGGUUCCCCAGUGCAGGCAGGGCCCACAGAAGUCAGUGGCAUCCACUGCAUUCCCGAAGGCCUGACAGGCAGGCAGCAAGGGACAGGCAGCAGGAUCCUGGAGGCUGGGUGUGAUGGGGUGAGUGUGUCGGGUGCUUUUGGUAACAGUUAAUGCGACAGGUUUGCUUGGGGACAAAGCUCUGUAGGAUGGGUGGGUGCCCUGCUUGGGAAUGUCUUUCCACUGAAGCUGCUCAUUUUAUCCUGGGAGUUACUCUGGGCAGUGACAUCCCAAGCCGUGGAAGAACUUGUGGGAUUUCCUGCCCAGCUUUUCCAGUCCGCUCUUUGGAGAACUGGUAAUGGGUGGUGAGGCUUCAUUCUGAUGAACCACCCCUUCAGGCACAGCUGAUGCUGGGAGGACAUGGCUUUUGUUGAAGAGCAGGGUGAGGAGGCACCAGUUUGCCCCGGCAACAGGCUGAUCUUUGUGCUGGGGCAGUACUUUUGGCUACAGGUUCUUCCAGUGGGUGGGAGGAGACUGAGCAGGCCCAAGGCAAGACCCUGGGUGUCAUGGAGACCAGUGUGGUUGGCACCUUGUGAUGGAUCCGAAUACCUCUUGGCCACAUCUCAUGUUGAUGCCCACCCACAUCUUGAGAUGGGAACUGCCAGCACAGAGCAGCAUUAAAGCAGGAACUGUUCAAAGCUCUGCCUGAAAAAUUUCCACCCUUUUUCUGGAAAAAGGACGUGCCCACGCCUCCGACAUGCUGUCACCUUGCAACACCAUGCCAGCAGCGUAACUUGCCUGAAGUGGAGGUAAAGCCUGCAUUUUCCUGGGGAACAAGCCCAGAAGGCUCCAAAAACACUGGAAUUUGUGACCUUCCCCCUAGUUCCAGUAGAUUUUCUGAGCUGGUGAGAUCAGAGUAGGGCGUGAAAGGUAGUCAAGAAACGGCAUAAGCUGCUCCUUGCUUAGUUCUUAGGUCUCCAACGGCAAGACACUUUCUGUUCCUGCUUUUGCAUCCAGGCUUGGGGAUGGGACUGUGCUGCAGAGCAUGAUGCGACUUGCGAGGCCUAGGGCUGCCUCCCAUCUGGGAUUAUGUUAAGAACAACGAGAAGGUUGAGAAGCUCGUUUCUGUGAGGAUGGUUGGGAGGUGCUGCCCAUCUUCCUGAGCAGUGCACUUUCCCGCUCUCCUCCUCCCUCAGUGAAGCCUUUUAACCAUUUCCAGCAAAGCAUUUCAGGGUGACAGGGCCAGGUCAGGUCUGUUCUCCAGAGCGGCAUCAGUGCCGUGCUUGUAGGAAUGCCACGGUACCUCUUGGAAACCAACCAGGAACAAGCCAAAACCACCUGCUGACUGGAGCCAGCCUGUGCCAGGGCUGCCUUCCCCUGCCCUGCAACUGCUGCCCCUCCUGCCUGCACUUGCUGCCUGCCUGCACCCCCUGCCCGGGCAGUGCACUCGACCUCCACGGUACUUUUCAAAUCACCUCCUGGGUUCCCUGGUUGGUCCCUGUGGUUCACAUUGGCAUAGCUGCUCGCUUGCCUUUUUCUUGUUUUUUUUUUAUUUUUGGGUUUUGUUUCUCCUCCCCUUUCCCCCCACCUCCCUGGCCCCAAGUGUUGUGGGUUUUUUUCUUCUUCUUUUUUUAAACUUUUUUUCUGCCCAGAAAAACCUGACUUCGAUACCAAAAAACAAAACAAAACAAAAAAAACAAAAAAAAAACAAACAAAAAACCCUGCAGAAACUCAAAAAAAAUAAAAACAAAACAAAAAAACACAAAAAAAACUCGACGAUUCUUUCAGCUUUAUUAACAUUUUCCAUUGUUUCUUGCGAUUUGUGUCUCGUUCUUUGUAGUAUUGAUGAUGACGAACAUUUGAUAAUGAAUGUUCUUGUAUAUUCAGAUAAAGGAGAAAAAAAAACCAAAAACGCAGUCGGAAUUUAAUAGUGUUUAUAAUAAAAGAAUAAAAAAUGACCCUCUUAGCACGCAAAA